AUGACUAUCCUGGGUAUUCCUGCAAAGCACGCUCGCGCGGCUCAUGCUUCUAUGCCAGUAUUCACCUACUCGGCAAACCCCCUUUGGGUUAUCGUCUUGCGAAUCUUGUCAGGCCACUGCAUAUGCUGGACUGCAAGAUUCUUGGGAGUGCAAAUGGGCUGUAUAUUUCCAUUCCCCCAAGCUCUUGAAGGUAUCGAAUUACAUUUGCAGCAUUUGGCCAAGACUUGUGGACUCGACUCACGCCGGCAACUCAUUGAAGACGUCAACCGAGCUUGUGGUCAAAGCGAGCACAAAAAUUUAGAGCAAGCUACCACGAUUCAGCAAUGCAAAUGGAUGGUCGACCUCUUUAUGGUUGCCAUCACGACAAAUGAUUACAACUUCAAAGACUUCAGCGAGCGUCUCAAGGUAUCUGCACGCUUCUUCUAG